AAAAGAGAGCUUAAUAUAUCCCUUAAAAGAAAAGGGAAAAAAAAGGGAGAAAAAAAAAAGAGAAUCCGAGUCGAAUUCUAUUUGGGACUCAACGAGACGUGAAGGUGAAAACGCUUCCCUUUUCCCAAAUUCCGUGCAGAACCCUUACUUCCGGGCGUCGAAGAAGAAGAAGAUUCUUCCCUAAUCACCGCCUUCGGUUCUUUCAAUUUCUCACACCCCAAACCCUACCCUGAACUUUAAUUUUCCAACCGAAUCCACGUCGCAGCAAAUUCCAUCUCCAAUCCCGAUCGAUUUCGCCGCCGCGCCGCCGUCGCCGUCGUCGUCUUCUCCGAUUAGCGAAGAUGGUUUUGGCACAGUUAGGAGGGAGCAUUUCGCGUGCUCUCCAGCAGAUGAGCAAUGCGACGGUGAUCGACGAGAAGGUCCUCAACGAAUGCCUCAACGAGAUCACUCGCGCCCUGCUCCAGGCCGAUGUCCAAUUCAAGCUCGUCCGCGACAUGCAGACCAACAUCAAGAAGAUUGUCAAUUUGGACGACCUUGCCGCCGGUCACAACAAGCGCAAGAUCAUUCAACAAGCUAUAUUUAAUGAGCUUUGCAAAAUACUGGAUCCUGGGAAACCUUCUUUCACUCCGAAGAAAGGGAAAACGAGCGUUGUGAUGUUUGUCGGUUUACAAGGUUCUGGGAAAACUACAACAUGUACAAAAUAUGCAUAUUACCACCAGAAAAAGGGGUGGAAGCCGGCUUUGGUGUGUGCAGAUACAUUUCGAGCUGGUGCUUUUGAUCAGCUGAAGCAGAAUGCCACUAAAGCUAAGAUUCCCUUCUAUGGAAGCUAUAUGGAGUCAGAUCCGGUGAAAAUUGCAGUUGAAGGUGUGGAAAGAUUCAAGAAAGAGAGUUGUGAUCUUAUAAUUGUUGAUACUAGUGGGCGCCACAAACAAGAAGCUGCUCUUUUUGAAGAGAUGCGCCAAGUUUCUGAAGCUACGAAACCAGACCUUGUUAUAUUUGUUAUGGAUAGCAGUAUUGGUCAGGCUGCUUUUGAUCAAGCUCAAGCAUUUAAGCAAAGUGUUUCAGUUGGAGCUGUAAUUGUUACAAAAAUGGAUGGCCAUGCAAAAGGAGGUGGCACUCUCAGUGCUGUUGCAGCAACAAAGAGUCCUGUUAUAUUUAUUGGAACUGGAGAGCAUAUGGAUGAGUUUGAAGUUUUUGAUGUUAAACCAUUUGUCAGCCGACUCUUAGGCAUGGGAGACUGGUCUGGAUUUAUGGACAAAAUUCAUGAAGUUGUUCCCAUGGAUCAGCAGCCGGAGCUCCUACAAAAGCUUUCAGAAGGGAAUUUUACAUUGAGGAUUAUGUACGAGCAGUUCCAAAACAUACUCAAAAUGGGUCCAAUAAGCCAGGUAUUCUCGAUGCUUCCAGGAUUUAGUGCCGAACUAAUGCCAAAAGGACGUGAAAAGGAAAGCCAAACAAAGAUCAAGCGCUACAUGACGAUGAUGGAUUCAAUGACAAAUGAAGAGUUGGAUAGUUCAAACCCAAAGCUCGUGAAUGAGUCGCGUAUGAUGCGGAUAGCAAGGGGUUCUGGUCGCCAUAUUAGAGAAGUAAUGGAGAUGUUAGAAGAGUACAAACGCCUCGCUAAAAUAUGGAGCAAGAUGAAGGGGCUUAAGAUUCCUAAGAAGGGUGAAAUGAGUGCUCUGUCCAGAAAUAUGAAUGCGCAGCACAUGAGCAAAGUUCUUCCUCCUCAGAUGCUGAAGCAGAUUGGCGGCAUGGGCGGCUUACAGAACCUGAUGAAGCAAAUGGGUUCUGCCAAGGACAUGAUGGGGAUGUUCGGAGGAGGAGGGGAUUAGUAGACGUCAGUCCAUAUGCCAAGCUCAAAGUUCAUUCCCAACUACGGGUGCUAGGUUGCCUCGGAGACGAUGCUCAAAAGGCAUUUUUAUACACAAGUUCAUGUUUCUAAAUUCUAACUGACUUGGCAGUAAUGUGUACUCCUGUAGGGCCAAGCAUUUUUUUUUUCCCUGUCAAUCUUACCGCUAUUUUGUUUUCUUUUUAUUUAUAUCUAGCACUGGAUAGUUGAAAGUUUUCCUUGUGUACGUAUUUAGUGGGAAAAAAAAUUUUUAUCGACUUCUUGAGCAUUAAUAUGUUUCUAUAGCAAAUAAGUGGGAA